CACUUCCUGGAGACUCGCUGAAUCCGGAAGUGACCCGCGAGCACCGGGAGGCGGCGGAGGAGCGCGGCGGCCGGCGCUGGGCCGCGACCAUGAGCUGGAUUCCUUUCAAAAUUGGGCAGCCAAAGAAACAGAUUGUUCCCAAAACAGUGGAGAGAGACUUCGAAAGGGAGUAUGGAAAACUCCAGCAGCUGGAAGAGCAGACCAAGCGGCUGCAGAAGGACAUGAAGAAGAGCACCGAUGCUGACCUGGCGGGUGUACAAGCAGCCAUGUCCAAAUCUGCUGUGAAGAUAUCCCUGGAUCUACUCUCCAACCCCCUCUGUGAGCAGGACCAGGACUUUCUGAACAUGGUCACAGCUCUGGACACUGCCAUGAAGCGGAUGGAUGCCUUCAACCAGGAGAAGGUGAACCAGAUCCAAAAGACGGUGAUUGAACCCUUGAAAAAGUUUGGCAGCGUCUUCCCAAGCCUCAACAUGGCAGUGAAGCGGCGGGAGCAGGCCCUGCAGGACUACAGGAGGCUGCAGGCCAAGGUGGAAAAGUACGAGGAGAAGGAGAAGACGGGCCCGGUGCUGGCCAAGCUCUAUCAGGCCCGAGAAGAGCUCCGGCCCGUGCGGGAGGACUUUGAAGCCAAGAACAAACAGCUCCUGGACGAGAUGCCGCGUUUCUAUGGCAGCCGCCUCGACUACUUCCAGCCCAGCUUUGAGUCCUUGAUCCGGGCACAGGUGGUGUACUACUCAGAAAUGCAUAAGAUCUUUGGAGACUUGACCCAGCAGCUUGACCAGCCAGGCUACUCGGAUGAGCAGCGGGAGCGGGAGAAUGAGGCCAGACUGAGCGAGCUCCGAGCCCUCUCCAUCGUGGCUGAUGACUGAGCCCUCCUAUCCCUAAGACACCGUGGGACACAGACCUCUCUGAAGUCUUUGCCCAUAGUAGGCAUGCACUCUUGCUCCUCUCACUGGCCAGCAGGUUGGGGACAGAGGUGGCCCCUACUCUACCUCACCAGCCCUCACCCAAGUGUCUCUGCUGUCUCCCACUCCUAGACAUAGGCAAGCAUGUAGAAAAACCCCAGGGGCCUUUUAACUUCCAGAACCGUCCAGAGUAUGCCUUGGUCUCUGGCCAGAAGGAACUUCAGCCUUCAGAAAGGCCUAGGCUUCCUCAGUAAGUUGGGUCUUCGCUGUGCUUGCACUAUAGGGACAUCUACCUCCAAAGGAGCCACCCUCAAGAGCCCACUGGCCCCUAGUGGCUCUGUACUGAACUCAUGUUGGAUGAAGCAAACUGCCCUGGGACACGCCCUAGUUCUCCAGUCCCGGCAGGCUGCUCAUGCCAGCUUGAUAGAGGCUGGAUCAGUACAGAGUCAAGCCCUAGUUGUUCAUUUACCCUACAGCUGUCCACCACACAGCAUGUCACAUGUUGAUCUACAGGCUUUCAAGCUCGUCACCUGGUUGUUGCAAUUUUAUUUUUAAAUAAAGUUUUCAAUAAAACAU